ACAAAAAAAAUAAUCUGUCUCUCUGUUCACAGGAUUCACAAUGGACAUUUUCACAAUAGCCUGUAUUUUAUCAGUUUUUGUACUAGCGAUCUGGCUUUUCUCUAAAUGGAGUUUUUCCUAUUGGAAAAGAGUUGGUUUGGAAUAUCCGCAACCAGAAUUCCUUUUCGGCAAUACUAAAGGUUUUCUCACGAGAAAACUGUCCUUUGGUGACCAGAUGAAGGUAAUCUACGACGAAUUAAAAUCUCGGGGUCUCAAACACGGAGGUUUCUACAUGUCUUUCAGACCAUCAUAUUUGCCAAUUGACUUGGAUCUCAUUAAAACUAUUAUGCAGAAGGAUUUUAACCAUUUCGUUAACCAUGGCUUGUACUUCAACGAAAAAUCCGAUCCGCUGUCAGGACAUCUCUUCAAUUUAGAAGACGAGAAAUGGAGAAAUCUCAGAGCUAGGCUGACCCCAACAUUCACGUCAGGUAAAAUAAAAAUGAUGUUCCAAACGCUGGUAUCAUGUACCUCUGGUCUCGGAAACAUCCUCACGGACCAUUCCAUUAUUGGCGAUGCCUGGAAGCAUUCACCAGUUCCCGGAACACCAAGGGUCUGCAAUAAGGCCUACAAAGUUCCCGGUACAGAUAUUGUUCUGGAAGUCGGAACGAGAGUACAUAUUCCGUUCCAAGCUAUCCACUGGGAUCCUGAAUACUAUCCAGAACCACAAAAAUUCGAUCCUGAGCGAUUCAGCGAGGAAAAUAAAUCCAAACGACACCCAUUCGCUUUUUUGCCUUUCGGAGAAGGUCCCAGAAUAUGCAUAGGUGCAAGAUUUGGACUUCUUCAAGUCAAAGUGGGUCUCACUGCCAUUAUUAGGAACUUCAAAGUUACUCUGAACGAAAAAACAAAAACCCCCAUAAAAUACGCUACCAACGUAUUCAUCACAUCGAAUAGAAGCUGUGAUUACUUGGUGUUUGUUUUUCAUAUAACAUUAAACAUUGGCGUUAUCUCUCACUUCUUCAACGGAGUUCAAUACCCAACUAGUAUAUUUAGUUUUAUGAGCUUUCGUAAGUGUUUUCACAGUUAUUGCGGAGCCGAAUCGUUUCUAAUUCAAGUUAGUCAAUCUGUCAGGGAACUCAACAUGUUCGACCUAUCGCCGUCCACUUUAUUUCUUCUAGGAAUUUUCAUAUGUUUAUCUGGAUACCUCUUGUGGUUCUUUUAUGAGCAUCAUCAAUAUUGGAAAAGAAGAAACGUACCCUAUUUAACACCUACCAUUCCAUUUGGAAACACCUUAGACCUCUUCCGCGGAAAGAUAAGCUUCGGAGAGGUUUUUUCCAGAGCCUACUUGGAGUUGAAGAAACAAGGUCACAAACACGGAGGAAUAUACUACCUACAGAAACCAGUUUACAUACCAGUCGAUGCAAACAUAAUAAAAAAAAUCAUAAUCAGCGACGCUGAUAACUUUCCUAAUCAUGGUAUGUACGUCAAUCCCGCUGAUGACCCUUUGUCUGGUCAUCUUUUCAACAUCGAAGAUGGAAGAUGGAGAACACUGCGCUCCAAAAUGCCUUCUUCGUUCACUUCCGCCAAAAUGAAAAAAAUGUUUGAGAUAAUGACGAGGAUGGUCGAUCCUUACAAGAAACUACUAGAUAUCUAUGCUGAAAACGGCAGUGCUUUGGAAAUCAAGAGCUUAGCAAGUCGCUUCACUACAGACAUAAUUUCAGCUUGUGCUCUUGGAAUUGAAACCAACACCCUAAACUUCGAAAAUGAAGACCUGCUACGACACGGCAGAACUUUUUUUGACUAUCAGUGGAACAAAUACAAGAACAGCAUGGUCGUCGCUGUUCCCCGUCACAUACUAGAAAAGCUCAGCUUCAGGAUUUUCAGUAAAGAAACAGAAAAAUACGUUCUGAAAAUGUUCAAGGAUAUUCUCAGAUACAGAAAGUUUGACAGUCCCUUGAGAGAGGAUCUCACCGCGUCUGUAGUCAAACUUACUGAAUGGAGAGAGGAAGAAAAAGACUUUUCAGGAAAGAAGGUCAUGGUCCCAUUGGAAGAAUCGGAAUUUGCGGCGCACAUGUUCCUUUUUUUUUGCGCAGGAUUCGAAACAUCUUCCAGUACUCAGACAUUCGCUUUGUUCGAACUAGCCAGAAAUCCAGAAUGUCAGAACAAGUUGAGGAAGGAAAUUAAUACAGUAAUGGCAAAACAUGGCAAUGAGGUUACUUACGAUGCUAUUAUGGAGAUGGAGUACUUGGAUAAUAUAGUUGAUGAAACUUUGAGGAUGUACCCAGUCUUUCCAAUACUUCCAAGAAUCUGCAAAGAAGACUAUCCAAUUCCAGGAACAGAUCUGAUCCUGGAGAAAAAUACUUUCGUCAUGGUAACCAACUUGGGAAUUCAAAGAGAUCCAGAAUACUAUCCAAACCCGGAACAAUUCAAUCCUGAGAGAUUCAAUAGAGAAAAUAAGGGAAUCAUUCCACAUAUCGCAAAUAUACCUUUUGGUGAAGGACCCAGAAUUUGCGUGGGAAAAAGAUUCGGUCUGUGGCAAACCAAAUUGGGCCUAGUGACAACAAUACGAAACUACGAAGUAACACUUAACGAAAAAACUACCAAAGAUUUCAAGUUCGCUUCGGAUGAGUUGAUUCUUAGAAAAGAAGGAGAUGUUUGGCUCAAUUUGAAAAAAAUCACCUAACUGAAGCAAUGAAUCAUCGAUAAUAUCCAGUGUAAAUUGUUUGUUCUUAACAUUUGGGAAUUUCAAACCAAGUAAAUGAAGCAUUAGCGAUUGUGAUAUUUCUAUGAUUGAA